UAAGGGCACCAGCGACCUCCUUGAGACCUCGUUCUGCUUCGCAGGAUCUUAUGCAGGUAUGAGUCUCGAACAGUGUGAAGACCAGGGCUCGGCGCCGACGCAUGUUGGUAGAGCGAACAGGCCGACACUCUCGUCCUGUACGCCGCCGAAUAUUGCGGAAGUCAUGGAACGCUCGAAAACAUCCCAGGACAGCGACGGCCGUGAUGCACUUCUUCCUUGUAGAUUUCACAGCGACUACGCCAGCUGUUCUGACUUGUUUUGGUCUCCUUCUCGAACGCUAGACCGGCUGCGAGAACAACAGAACAAACUUCUCCUGCCUCUUCCCAUGCCCCUCACGAACCGGAUUACAGAAGACAUCACUGACAACAUAAUUGACUGCGUGCCGGCACACGGAGAUCUCUACACUUGCGCACUCGUCUGUCGAUCCUGGCACACGCAUAGCAUCAGGUGCCUCUAUCGAAACAUCUCUCUCCAGACCAGAUGCACCUUCGACCUUCUCGCUCGGCAGGCUUUGCACAACACUCGCGUCAAAGAGCACCUCAAUUGGACUUCGCGUCUCGAGGUGGAACUACGCGAUGGACCAACAUCGGAGCCGCUAUCAUUUGGACAUGUCGUGCCGCAUGCUUUUCACAAGUGCAUGCCUACACUCAUCGAGCUGCGCCUCGUCAACUGUCUCCCACAGUCCUACGCUACUAGUUUCAUUGCACUGCUGCCAAGAUUCACGCGUAUCUCCACGUUGACCCUGGCUGAUUGCAAGCUGCGUUGUGUCAGCGACUUCCUCCAUGUCAUCUCGGCAUUUCCUCUCCUCUGUCAUCUUACUCUAGAGGACGUCGACUGCGGAGGACCUAAGGAGCCUCGCACUGCCUUUUUCGCCCCCCGCGUGGCGAAUGCAGCGAGGCGCAUGCACAAGAGCGGCGUCGAACACGCGUUGAGGCGCGUGGAAGUCAGAAACACGUACGAAUGGAUCUGCGAGUUGCUCCUAGAUUGGUUGUUUGCCGCAGAUGUCGCUGGUCGCCUUCAAGAAUUAACGUACGAGCCUUGGAGUAAAGCCGGGUCAAACACGUCGAAGCUGGAGAAGCGAAUGGCGUUAUUUGUGUGCAACUCCCGCGAUCCAUGCCCACCUGUCUCUGGGACAAGGGGCAUCGCUCGUAUUCUAAGUGAUCCUCGGCCGCACCUAGAGCUCCUGUCCUUCCGCUGUGAUCCUGACGACCGGUGCUCAUUAUCGAACGCGCCCAACCUACGCGUUCUAACGGUGACGUUCAACACCCUGCGCUCUGACACAUGGCGGACGAGCUGCGACGAGAUUCGCCACAUCCUGUCGAGCAUAUCCAGCAACCAGCUCGUCCUCCUCACACUCGUGCUUCCUCUCGCGAUGGACCUCGAGUUCAGAACGGGCCAGGCCGAGAUAGCCGAGCUUAAGGCUUCCCUGCCAGAUGAGGACACGCUCAAGUCCUUCCAUGAGCCGCUGCUUGAGCACCCUCGCUUCAGCCGGCCCGUUCGCGUCCACCUGGCGUUGAUGUUGUUCCAGGCUAGUCACAAGGACUAUAUACCGUCGCACAAUCAGCAGGCGGUCAAGGCGAUGGCGGACUGGGCCCGCAGGCUGUUCAUGCCCUGGUACACCCGCGGCAUACUCUUUGUACGAGUCGAAGAGCUCCGGACUAUGUGGAAGAUUCACUUCCCACUGUGCGAUAAGAAGAGCUUUUAAUACGAUCAGCAAGCCUAGCAAGCUCUGGUAUGGAUGGCGAAUAUGUAUCGCUGUCCGGCGCUGACUCGAUGCGUUCGCCACGUCGUGUACUCUGCCAUGUGCCAACGUACAAUUGCAGUGUGUAUAAUCGUUCCAAUGACCUACUUGCUAAGUUACUUGCUCGACAAGUGCUACGAAACGCUUAUCCAUGAGGUGUAAUAACAACGACGAUCGCGCACGAAUAUUCGAACUCAAAUGGCUGCAACAUCUAUGUAUCCACGAUUUACUUGGUGCCAUGCCUGUAACGAUGACACUGACAUCGCUUGGCCACCAGGAGAUUCACAACCAACGGACUCAACUUCAAGCCUGAACCACGCUGUUUAGUAUCAAUUCCUUUGCCCGCUCCGAACGUGCUCGGAUGUCGCACUUGAAGGGAAGCGGCCAGCUGAUUAUCGCAAUGAGCACAAAU